AUGGCACAGCCAACAACUGAUCUCCUUUAUGCACUCCUCCUUGACACAGUCUGUCAUAAACCCUUGGAAGAACUCAAGUCGAUCUUGCCCAACAUUCCGAGAGACGUGAUCAGUCAGCUCAAGUACGAUGGUAGAACUCCCAAGGGCAUCAUCAAUGCGCUCAUUGUGCAGCGGUAUUAUCAGCUACAUGAUAGACUCGAGUGGGACCGGACAGUUACAACUCCAGCUGGCGCCGAUUCCGCUCGAUACAAGCAGGACUUUGAAGCGGUGAAACUGCUUUUGGCCCACGGCUUCAACCCCCAAGACAUAGCGCCGGAGCAAGACGGUUACGAUACUAUAAGUCCUGUGCAAUUGGCCGCGCAAACCGAUGACCAUGAGGUCUUACAGCUGCUCCUGGAGGCCGGGGCUGAUCCAGUAACUCAUUAUGAUGAUGGCUGUAGUUCGCGAACGCCGUUCGAUGCUACCCAUCCGCCUUUCCAACUUGCUGUGUUGACUGCAAGCCCGGCUGCACUACAAUGCCUCAUUGAUUGGUCAAGACAGCAUCCAGAUAGCUUUUCCAUCUCCGAGAACGGCAAGUGUCUUGCCCUACGAAGGUCCGCAACGCAUCUGUUUUCGGGCAUACUGCAACUUUUGCUAUCGUCGUUUGAAUUCUCGGAAAGUGCUUUAUCUGAAGCUUUGGAGAUUUCCAUCGGACUAGACGUCUCAAACUUCAAAUGGAAAGCAGGGUCACAGUACGCCGGUGAUCAUCGAUACCGGCCAGAGAACGUUGUAUGGACAGCGCAGAUCGACAUCGUACGAAUGUUAUUGGAGGCGGGUGCGAACCCUACUCACAUUGACGAGGACGGAAACAGUACAUUGCAUCGAGCAAUCGGCACAGCAAAGGGCACUGAGAUAAUUCAUCUAUUGCUAAAGCAUGGCGUGCAUGCUGAACCAACCGAUCAUAAGCUCACCUCCUUGGCCCUUCACAACGGGAAUACCGGGCUUCUCCGGACAUUCUUAGAUCUGGGGCUGAUUCCUACACAGAGUCUCACCGAGUCCGUCACUUGCACGCCUCUCCACAUCGCAGCAGCCGAAGCAUCAGUCGAUACACUCAAGUUCCUAGUGUCCACGGGGUUCGAUCCUUCAGCCCAGGACUCAAACGGAUGGACCCCCUUCCACUACGCAUGCAAAUGUUAUUCGAUCGAAAACAUGAAAUAUCUCCUCGACCUCAACCCUCACGCCGUCAAUCAAACCACCACCGACGGCUGGACAGCUCUCACCAUCGGGUACAAGGAAGAUGCGGCCCCCAUUGAAUACAGCGACGGCGCCGCAUUCCUGAUCGAGAGCGGCGCCAAAGUAAACGUCACAACCCCCGACGCACCAAAGUACACGCCGCUCCAUAUAGCAGCAAUGUGGACUCUCUGGGAUACGAUGGACCUACUGCUUCAAAAUGGGGCGCAGAUCAUCAAAGCAGAGGGGAGCGGCGAGACGCCGUUGCACUGCCUGAGCUGUGAGGAGUGGGAUGCGGACGACCAGCGCGGCGUCAAAGCCCUAAUCGAGUACGGCGCCGACGUCAAUGCGCAAGAUGACGAGGGGUUCACGCUUCUGCACCGUCUCCUCAGGAGACACGACCCGCCCGGGAAUCUCGGAGAGUUUGUCGAUGUGCUCUUGGAAGCCGGUGCUGAUCCUAGCAUCAGGGAUAAGGAGGGGAAGACGGCUAAGGACUGGAAUGACGAGUUGCCGGAAGAUUUGCGGUGGGGUGGGUCGGAGAGGAUGGAGAGUUUGGUAGAGGCAACAAAGAUACAACAGUAA